AUGCGAUAUCGAGAGAAGGAGGGUAUCGGGAAAAAGAAGAUGACACUGUGGGAGAGGAAUGGAUGGGGGAACGAUGAGAUGGAGAGGUUACAAGAGGAAUGGGGUGCAAGUGUGCCUGCCUCAGGUGUCGAGUGGGAGCUCCCAAUCAGGCACCAGGGUGCGAUACAAGACACACCCUGCCGUAUUUCAAUUAUCAAAGGGUUGCUUGAGCUUUACACCGUUUUAGGCUUGAUGAUCGUGCGGUUUUUGCUUCCCUUACUAGUCAUUGCCCACCGUUUUCCAACCUGCAUGCUGGUGUUGCAAGAUGGUCACGUGUGA